CCUGCAAGCAAAAAAGAAAUAGAAGACGUUAACCCACCUCGUUCAGAGCAAACACUAAAUCAGCACAAUAUGGCACAGCAUAGCAUUGUCCUUGGAAUAUUCAUGAUGACUGUUUUAGCACUGCUGCACGGAAGUUCAGCUUUCCUAUUGAAUCAGCGUCUGAAGGGAAGAUUCCAGAGAGACCGUAGAAACAUCCGUCCAAACAUCAUCCUUGUUCUUACUGAUGAUCAAGAUGUAGAACUUGGUUCAAUGCAAGUGAUGAAUAAAACAAGGCGGAUUAUGGAACAUGGAGGUGCUCAUUUCAUCAAUGCCUUCGUGACAACCCCCAUGUGCUGCCCAUCUCGCUCCUCUAUUCUGACGGGGAAGUACGUGCACAACCACAACACCUACACGAACAACGAGAACUGCUCUUCUCCAUCCUGGCAGGCUCAGCAUGAAAUACGUACGUUUGCUGUGUACCUCAACAACACGGGGUACAGAACAGCUUUCUUUGGAAAGUACCUUAAUGAAUACAAUGGUUCCUAUGUGCCUCCUGGUUGGAAGGAAUGGGUUGGAUUGCUUAAAAACUCUCGAUUUUAUAACUACACACUCUGCCGAAAUGGGGUGAAGGAGAAGCAUGGAUUUGACUACUCCAGGGAUUAUCUAACUGAUCUCAUCACCAAUGACAGUAUUACCUUCUUCAGAAUCUCAAAGAAGAUGUAUCCUCACAGGCCUGUGUUGAUGGUUAUAAGCCAUGCUGCUCCUCACGGUCCUGAAGAUUCAGCACCUCAGUAUUCGCAUCUCUUUCCUAAUGCCUCUCAACACAUCACUCCUAGUUAUAACUAUGCUCCAAACCCAGACAAGCACUGGAUAAUGAGGUAUACAGGUCCCAUGAAACCUAUACACAUGGAAUUCACUAACAUGCUGCAGAGAAAGCGCCUUCAGACCCUCAUGUCUGUGGAUGACUCCAUGGAGAUGAUUUAUAACACGCUGGUUGAAACAGGGGAGCUGGACAAUACCUAUAUAAUAUACACAGCUGACCAUGGUUACCACAUUGGGCAGUUUGGGCUAGUGAAAGGAAAGUCCAUGCCCUAUGAGUUCGAUAUCAGAGUUCCCUUCUAUGUUCGAGGUCCAAAUGUGGAGGCUGGGUCCUUGAAUCCUCACAUUGUGCUGAACAUUGAUCUUGCACCUACAAUUCUAGAUAUUGCUGGACUUGAUAUUCCCUCUGACAUGGAUGGUAAAUCCAUUCUGAAGCUUCUAGAUUCUGAGAGACCAGUGAAUAGGUUCCAUUUAAAGAAGAAGAUGAAAGUGUGGAGGGACUCGUUCCUGGUGGAGCGGGGUAAAUUGCUGCAUAAGAGAGAGAAUGAGAAGGUAGAUGCCCAAGAAGAAAACUUCCUACCCAAAUACCAGCGUGUAAAAGACCUCUGUCAGCGAGCUGAGUAUCAAACAGCCUGUGAACAGCUUGGGCAGAAAUGGCAGUGUGUGGAAGAUGCCAGCGGGAAGCUCAAGCUGCACAAGUGCAAGGGAAUGGCAAGCUUGGCAGCUGCAGGCAACAGCAAAGGCACCUCCAACCUUCUGCCCAAGUAUUACAACAGGAACAGUGAAGACUGCAAUUGUGAAGAGAACGAGUACAAGCUGAGCCACGUUGGACGGAGAAAGAAACUCUUCUCCAAGAAGAAGUACAAGCCGAGCUAUGUGCGGAAUCGCUCCAUCCGCUCCGUGUCCGUGGAGCUGGACGGAGAGGUGUACAACUUCGGGCUGGAGGACGGUUUCCAGCCGGCCGUGCCGAGGAACAUCACCAAAAGGCACAAGGUGCAGAGGGCCAUUGCUGCUAUUGCCCGUGACGAGGAGGAGCGAGACGUGGGCGAAUACAGCGGCACUGGGAGCAUCGCGGAGUACACGGCCCCCAACCUGAUAAAAGUGACGCACAGGUGCUAUAUCCUGGAGAACGAUACUGUUCAGUGUGACACAGAUCUGUACAGGUCACUGCAAGCUUGGAAGGACCAUAAACUUCAUAUUGACCACGAGAUUGAGACUUUGCAAAAUAAAAUCAAAAACCUGAGAGAGGUGAGGGGGCAUCUGAAGAAGAAGAGGCCUGAAGAAUGUGACUGCAACAAGAUCAGUUACCAUUCCAAACAUAAAAGCAAACUGAGACAUAGAGGAUCUCAUCUUCAUCCUUUCAAGAAAGCCCUCCAGGAGAAAGACAGGCUGUGGCUGCUUAGAGAACAGAGGCGGAAGAAGAAACUGCGCAAACUGCUGAAGAGGCUCAAGAACAACGACACGUGCAGCAUGCCCGGCCUCACCUGCUUCACCCACGACAACCAGCACUGGCAAACUGCCCCGCUGUGGACACUGGGCCCUUUCUGUGCCUGUACCAGUGCCAACAACAACACAUACUGGUGCCUGAGGACCAUCAACGAGACCCACAACUUCCUGUUCUGCGAAUUUGCUACGGGGUUUUUGGAGUAUUUUGAUCUCAAUACUGAUCCAUACCAGCUAAUUAACGCAGUGAAUACGCUAGAUCGAGAUGUUCUCAAUCAACUGCACGUCCAGCUCAUGGAACUGAGAAGCUGCAAAGGAUACAAACAGUGCAACCCACGAACGAGGAACAUGGAGCUGGGGCUUAAAGAUGGAAGCUAUGAGCAAUACAGGCAGUUUCAGCGUCGAAAAUGGCCAGAUGUGAAGAGACCAUCAUCUUCCAAGUCACUAGGACAACUGUGGGAAGGAUGGGAGGGCUAAUCUCCCCAGCUGCUGGAGAGAGGAUAUCAGUGAGGAUAUGAACUGGCCAGAACUUGAAUCCAUGUACAGACUAAACAAAAACACGUAUGAAUUCAGAAAGAAUUAUAAUGCUAGCCUGGAGGACUGGAUGAACUUUUGAAGCUCAAAUAGAUAGAGUGUUUGCACUGUUCAGUGAAUUAAAUAGAUGCCGUGAAAUUUUGGGAACUGCUGUCAGGAAUACAAGUCUCUGAAAUCCACUAUUAUACCUGCUUUUUGCUUUGGAUUAUACCUCACCUGCUUCACAAGGCAUUUACAAAAGAAGUCACCACUAACAAACACUAGUCCAGGAGUUGACAGAAGAGGAAAUGCAGCUGCAUCCCAAAGAGGACUGC